CCCAGCCGUCGGCUAAUAAUGCGACUGUUCUCGCUUGUUGGCUUAUCUGUCCCUAGACGGCUCGUCGCGAGAUCAGAAAGUCGAAGAAAAAGUGAAGUCAGAGGCUACGGGAGUCAGAACUGAUACUCGGCUAUGCUCUCUCAUCUCCUGGUCGUGCUUGGGUUGGCGCUACUGCAGGGAGCUCAGGCAGCCUGGAGGGAUCAGUCUGUGCUUGGCUCAAAUGCACUACCGACUGCACAUGUCUCCGAGCUACUACUGAACGCCUCCGAAAUCCAUCUCUCGUCGAUCACCAACACGCACGGUUACGUCGCGUUGACUCACGCCAAGUACCCCAGUCAUCAGGUUAGGGUCAAAAAGACAGACUUUUGCGAUCCGACAGUGAAUGUAUACACUGGAUAUCUCGACGUUGACGAUGGUGCCAAGCAUCUGUUCUUUACCUUCUUCGAAAGCCGACGGGAUCCUGACAAUGAUGACGUGAUGAUGUGGAUCAACGGAGGCCCGGGAUGUAGCAGCAUGAUGGGACUUCUCAUGGAACUCGGUCCCUGCCAGAUCGACAUGAAUAACUCGUCGAGCAACGGAACGGUGUGGAACCGGUAUUCCUGGAACUCCGAGGCGAACAUGUUCUUCCUCGACCAACCAGUAGGAGUCGGCUUUUCCUAUGCCGAAUUCGGCGAGACGAUCAGCACGACGGAAGACGCCGCGAAGAAUGUGCACGCGUUCAUCACCAUCUUCUUCGAGACGUUCAAGCAGUUUGCCGGCCGGCCGCUCCAUCUCUCCGGAGAGUCGUACGGGGGCCGAUACCUCCCCGUUUUCGCAAGCGAGAUCUACGACCAGAACCAGAUCGCGAAGGCGGAGAACCGGACGGUGAUCAACCUCCAGAGCGUGCUGAUCGGUAACGGGAUCACGGACAUAUCUACCCUGUAUGAAGGGCGAUACGCGAUUGAAUGCGGCACGUCGGCUUUGGAGGUGCCUUUCCAGUCUAUAAGCACCUGCGUGCGCAUGAAAACCGCGCUUCCCCGUUGUCAAGCGGCGAUGCGCACGAGCUGCAUCGACUCGUUCGACGCCAUGAACUGCGGUGCCUCCGUCGCGUUCUGCGAUUCACAGCUGAGUACGGGUUACUGGGCGAGCGGGCGCAACGUCUACGACAUCUCCAAGCCCUGCCUCGGUGAUGGGCUGUGCUACCUCGAGAACGGCGCGAUCAAAGCCUAUCUCGACCGCCCGGAGACGCGCGAGCUGCUCGGUGUCGAAACGCCCAACAACUUCUCCGCCUGCUCGCGCGACGUCGGUGCCGGCUUUGCUGCCCAUCUCGACAAAUGGGCGGUACCCACGCAAUACUACGUCGCGGGCCUGCUCGAGCGCGGCGUGCGCGUGCUGAUCUACGCGGGCACGUACGAUUGGCAGUGCAACUGGGUCGCGAACAAGCUCUGGGUCGACAAGCUCGAGUGGAGCGGGCAUGAAGAGUACGUCAAGGCGGAGUGGCGCGACUGGCGCGUCGGCGAGGACGGGGAGAAGGCGGGAGAGACCAAGAGCGCCGCGGGGGGUCUGCUCACCUUCGCGACCGUGCGCGGGGCCGGACAUAUGGUGCCGCAUGACAAGCCCGCAGAGUCGCUCGCGAUGGUGUCCCGGUGGCUCGCCGGCGCGGAUCUUUGACGAGAUCUGAAGCGUCGCGUUCGCCUUGGUAUAUGGGUCAUAGGGAAGCAUCACCGAGUCACUCUUGAUCCCGUUCCGUGGCGAUGCGCGCAAAAGGCAGUUCCAUUGUAUACUAUGAUUCACGUUCCAGUUCAUCAUGAACGUAUACAGCCAUCAUACAGCUAUGUUGACCCUGUACGGUGCCUGAUUGAUGUGUGAUGCUCGCCCCGAGUUCACCGUGUUAACUCCCCACCAUUCGCCGAAGCAUGUAACCCA